AUGAGUUCCAACAAGAAGAGCACCCUCACGGGCUAUCUCCCCGACAUCCUCAUGGCCGCCGCUGCUCCGCUGAUCGCCUACUUUGUCAUCCGCAACCUGCUCACGCGCCUCGACCCCGACGCCCAGCAAAAGGAAGAGGCCCGCGCCAAGGCAUCGGCCGCCACCCGCAAGCUCGACGCCAUCCUGACCAGCAAGCGCCGCAAGAGCUACAGCGAGUACGACAGCGAUGACGAGACAGACGCGCGCCACCGCCGCCCGCGGAUACAGGACCUCAACCUCAACACGUACGAGCAGACGAUUGCCAUGGAGGUGGUGGCGCCCGAGGAGAUUCCCGUCAGCUUCGAGGACAUUGGCGGCCUCGACUCCAUCAUCGAAGAGCUCAAGGAGUCGGUCAUCUACCCCCUCACCAUGCCCCACCUCUACGCCCACAGUUCGUCGCUGCUCAGCGCCCCCUCGGGCGUGCUGCUCUACGGCCCGCCGGGCUGCGGCAAGACGAUGCUCGCCAAAGCCCUUGCCCACGAGUCGGGCGCCUGCUUCAUCAACCUGCACAUCUCCACCCUGACGGAAAAGUGGUACGGCGACAGCAACAAGCUGGUCAAUGCCGUCUUCAGCCUCGCCAGGAAGCUGCAGCCCAGCAUCGUCUUCAUCGACGAGAUUGACGCCGUGCUGGGACAGCGCCGAAGCGGAGAGCACGAGGCCAGCGGCAUGGUCAAGGCCGAAUUCAUGACACACUGGGACGGCCUCGCCUCGUCGACCGCAUCAGGCACAUCCGAGCCCCAACGGAUAUGCAUUCUCGGCGCAACCAACCGCAUCCAAGACAUUGACGAAGCCAUUCUGCGCCGCAUGCCCAAGAAGUUCCCCGUCGCCCUCCCCUCGGCCACACAGCGCCACAACAUCUUCUCCCUGAUUCUUCGCGGCACCAAAAUCGACCCCCAAAACUUUGACCUCGACUACCUUGUCCGCGUCUCGGCCGGCAUGAGCGGAAGCGACAUCAAGGAAGCCUGCCGCGACGCAGCCAUGGGCCCUGUGCGCGAAUACAUUCGUCGCAAAAAAGCCGACGGCACUCUCCGAAGCAACAAGGCCGUGGCCCAGGGUGACGUCCGCGGCCUCCGCACAGAAGACUUUUUCGGCCGCGGCAGAGGCCUGCGCGACCUCGACACUCUCGAAGAAACCCGCGAGGAAAUGAAUGCCCGUGUACGAAGCCGUGUCCACACCACCUCGGAAGAAUCAGAGGACGCCACCACGACGACCGAAAGUGACGACACACAGUCGUUGAGCCGAAGCGGCUAUGACGAAAACACUUUUCACGACUCGGCCUACCAUGGUGCACCCGGUACGACAAACAACGAGCGCGACGCUGUUGUUGUGAGAUAG